AUGCCCUUAAUCGGGCACAUCAACGCUUCGACCCAUCCCAUCUACGACGAACCCUGGCUCCACAACGUGGCUGAUAGAAUUCUCACUUACCGUACUGUGGAGGCUGCCAGCGAAGAGAAUGUGAGGCAUAUCGAGGAGCUCGAACUUGCGCGACAAAAGACUGGGCAGCCCGACCGAGAAAAGCACUUGUUGGAUUACACUUUGCUGCUACGGCAAUGCGAUGCGAGCGGGGCUCCACCGAGCUAUGGAAUACGCCGCAUGCCACGAUACCGGGCCGCCCCCACAUCCAUGAAGGCGGUCAUGGUAACCCCAAUACUCCUUGCGGUCCUUUCUUCUGUCGCAAUCUACUUUUCCAUCGGACAUUUAACCAUGCUUUCCAUCCUACGCGUGCCGACAGCGAGAAAACGCGGCGGGUGCUGUUUCCAGGGCAUUCUGUGGCCCCAUAAGAACAUUGAGCCAUUAGCCAACUUUUACACGGAGAAGAGGAUAGGUUUCGUCGACUCGCUCGCCUGGGACCUCGUUUCGACGUCGGAGCAGCCCCUCGGCGACGAGUGGACCGUCCUGCCGGCAAUUAUGCAGCACAUUGGCGGGAAAAGCUCCAAGGAGACAACUUUGGCUCCGAUAAGCCGGGGAGAUGACCGAGGCAGAGAAACUAUGGAAUUUCAGCUUCGAGUGGAACAAGCCUGA